CUUCCUGUUACCGCCUCGGCCCUCCAAACAGGACGCGCGAGACAAUAUGUAAUAUUAUGUAUGUCGUUUUUCAACAGUGGAUUUCGUUGUAUUUUCAAAGUUAAUACGAUAAACCGUGUUGAUUAUUAUUGUUAUUUCAUUCGUCGACAACAGUAAAACUAUUGUUCACAAUUAAGUCGGUCAACGCUUGGUCCGCGGCUGCAGAAAUCAAUCGUUUAUGAUCCGCGCGAAUCGUCAGAAAACGGCGUUUGCAUUAUUUAGCGGCUAAGUCUUUUGCCGGAGUGUUUAUCAGCAGAUUCUGUGUCGUUAUUGAAAAAAACCGGAGCAUGCAUUCUGGACGGUCCUCUUGUGACGCUUUUUCUCAUUUAUCUAUGUAAUUCGUUAUAACGCUGAAAACAAACUCAAAAUGUGCGAUCAAACAAAUCCUUACGUUCCUGGCGAUUGGGUAUGGGUUAACCUUGGUUUUCGUUAUUGGUGGCCAGCAAGAGUGGUUGAUCCAGCGAGUGUUCCAAAAGAGGUGGUAGAUGAUAAAGCAAAAAAAAGCAAGAAAUUGGUAAAAAAAGAAGUGUGCACAGUGCAGUUUGAAAAAGAAAAGUCCUAUUUCAAUGUGUACGACAUGAAAAAUAUAUAUAUUUAUUCAUGUGACAGAAAAUCUGAAUUCUUGGAAAAAGGAUUUUCACUUUAUAUGGCCAAUAAAAAAGGUUUGAAGAAGACAACUACGAUCGAUAUGACUUACUUUAUGGAUGACGUUUUAUGUGCUGAAACAUCGGUUGGUGGCAAUUCAAAUAUUUUUAAGAAACUUGAGCAACAGUACAUUCAACAACAAAAUAUCAAAAGUCUAUUUCUAACUAAAAAAGAAGUUAAGCAAAAAGAAAUAAGAAAAUCGUUGCCAUCGGUUGCUAAUAAUAAAUCAUUUGUAAAAACAUUAUCGUCAACUCCAAGAUCUCAACUAACUCAGAUGUCUCCAGCAUCAACUGGUAACUUCAAAUGCCAUCUUGUAAAAGGGUGUACAUUCAGUAGCAUACGUUAUGAAAAUUUAAAGCGUCACAUGGCUACACAUAAGACUGAAAACGAAACAACUAUUGCACCAAAGAAUUUAAAAAUUGAUAGUAUUAAGCCCACUACAAGCAAGCCCAAUACCAGCAAGGCAAAAUCAAAUGCCAAAACUUCUGUUUCGGCACAACAAAAACGCAAAAAUGUAAAGAUAAAUAAAACCGACAACAAAAAGAUUAAAUUACAAAAUGAAAUACUAAAAGAUUGGGAAGAUGACGAUACUAAUGAAAGUGAUGAUAACAAUGAUACUAAAAAUCACAACAAUAAGAAUAUUGAUAAGAGUUUUUUAACUGACGAAGACAAUCAUUCCCUAAAUAAUAAAGAUAUAGAAGAAGAUGAUCCUUUCGAAAAAAUUAAAGACUUAGAACCUAAUAAAAAUUUAAAUAGUAACAAUAGUUCUUCUAGACUCUUUGUGUAUGAAACAAUUUAUGGUUCACAAGGUCCAAAGGAAAAAACACCUGAAAAGAACAUAGUUAAUAGUCAAGCAAGUCCACCAGUUUCACCAGUUCCCAAAUUAAAAGAUUUUGAUGAUUUAAAACAGGCUAUCGAUGAUCAGAUCGAAAAAUCUAAUUUGUUACUGCAAAAUACAACAGGACGAACAAUAAAAAAUUUGGAUGUAUCGUCGUUAGAUGACAAAAUAGAUGACAGCAAUAAUUGUAAUGAAGAUAAAGAACACGAUCAGUCAAAACAAUUGGACUCUAAUGGUAUAGAUCUGGCCAUAGUAAAUAGCGAGGAAGUAUCGUUUGAAAAAUCUGGUGAGAAACAAGAAAUGGAUAUGGACAUUGAAAAUGGCAAUGAUGUACCUCAACCAUAUUACACCAUGUCUGAAUUACCAACACCCGAAUGGGCUCAGGAAAAACUAAUGGAAUCGGACCCACACAGUGGCAUCGAAGAAGCUAGUUCGUUUUCUGCCAAACACAAGAAGCCUACUGGCCAAAGUACCACCCCGACUGGGUAUUUGAAGGAGCCACGUCCGCUAUUUGAAUCGGACAAAUAUUUGAUUGACACGGACGAUGAAGUUUCAUCAAAUAAAACCAGUACAGAAACAGGAGGGGGAUCUGAAGAUCAUUCACGGCCAGAAUCGUCAAAUUUCCAGUUACAGUAGUUUAAGUUUCUAUAUUUAUCUUAGGUUUUGCUGAUGUAUAUGGGUUUUGGGCUAAGCGAAUCGCACUUUUUUUCAAGUCGAUGUUACAAAAUAUAUUUCAAAUUGCAUAACUUCUUUUUAUCUGUCAACGAUUAUGGUUCUCUAAUACUCUGUUUUAAGUUUGUGCUCUAGAUAAUUUCUAAGUCAUAUAUUUAUUGUUUUUAAAUUGUCUAUACCAAAUUGUGCUAUUGUAUAUGUGAGACUGUAUAGGACGAUACAAUUUUAGACACUUCUCUAUUGAUAAUCCCUCUUAAUCUUCUUGGUAAUCUGAAUGAUCAAAUUAUGAAAUUCUUGGUUUAACCUUCGAGUGCGCUCGUAUGGCAGGAUUUACACCGCUCUCAAUCUUGAGUGAAAAAAUGUCCAUAAAAGAAAUUUUUGUAUUUUCCAUCAUGUUUUUUUAUAACUAGAGAAUACCCGUCGAUCCCCCAGACUAAUUUCACACAUUAAAGCGUAGCACGUUUUUUUUUUCUUCGAUAAAGGCAGUGUUGUUAAUGUCGCCCAAACGAGUGCUCAAAGGUUGAAUCAUUUUUCAUUGUGUUUAUAAAAUUUGUAUCCAUUUUACAACAUCUCUAUUAGGGAAUAAUUUCCCCUUUUUUUUAUGUCUGCCAGUUGUAAGUACAACAUUGUAAUAAGUGUCAUUCCCAAGAGGGAAUGCUAAGAAGUUUCUAACCUGUUUACAAUAUUAUCUUCUACUUGCACUACUAAAAUAACUAAUAUAUCAUAAUGUACUAGGUACAUAAUAACAAUUAUUCGUCAAAUAAAUUAGUUGAAAUUAAAUUUAAUGUUUUUAAUAUUAUAUUAUAAUAUGACGAUAAGAACAAAUCAAUAAUUUUUUUUUUUUUUACAAAAAUUGUAUGUCUCACGAAAUAAAAUUUCCUAAUAUUAUUGUGCAUAACCAUUAAGACAAAAUAUAAGUUUAGUACAAUUUGUUUUUAUAUUCAACAUUAUCUAAAUCUUAUAUUUAUUUUAUUAAUUUUAUAAUCUUUAUUUUAUUUAAGUUUUUAUUGUCUAUUAUGUGUCCAAAAAAGACAAUCUAAGUAGUAACAUCUUUGUAUAAUUAAUUUGUAUGCAAAAAGAUUUAUAGUGCAACCACUAAGCAUCUGUAAAUUACAUUGGGUUACAUUUAAUAUUUAUGUAUAAAAAUAACAGAAAUAUAAUUAAAAUGUAUUCUAAAACAUUGUGUUCGUUUAUUUUUAUUCAUAUUUAUGUAAUUUUAUUUUAUAACUUAUUAACAUACAUUAUUAC